CUGAGUAUGAGUUACGGACUUGUAAACUAUAAGGAUUCUGAUUGGCUACUAUAGAAAUGCCCGGAUGGCUCCAUAUCCAUGUUUUUAGGAAAGUGAAGUGCAAUGGAGAAUGUUUCUAGGUCCUGAUAUUGAUUGACGAUUGCAUUUUUCCGAAGGGAAAAGUGUACCUUUUUCUAAUAUGAUUGGUAAAGACCUUGAUGAGCUAUGUUACGAAUUUGGGACAUUGAGCCCUCACCAAAGAAUCGACGUUCUAAGUGGAUUGCUUGAAAUGUGUUUAGGCCCUGAGCUUCGAUUUAUCGGGUCUGUGGUCGUCGAUUUGUGUAAAAAAGAUUAUAUUUAUCUCAGGGAACAGGAAAAUAAAGCGAAUAAACCAGAAGAACUAACAUCUUUAAAACAGAAUCCGACAGACAUAAAAAAUUUACAACAAACUAUGGCGUUGAACUUGGCCUUGUUGCAUACUGACAACACUCACUGUGCGAGUAUUGUUUUCGAUAUCUUGGAAAAUAAUAUGAAACAAGCCUUCUCGAUAACGACGGCUACCGAAAAAGAAAGUGUGGAUAUAAUACUGUUAGUGCUGACGAUGGCAAUGAGACAUCCAGCCUUCACGUUUUACCAACGAACUGAACUGUAUAAAUAUUACAUGUGUGUUAAGAAGCAGUUGGAGAGUGUUUUGUGCAAGGUUGAUAGUGAAACGCGCCAAGAGAUGCACACAGAACCAAGGUUUAACCAGGAAGCAGAACAUAUAUGUAACCUAGAUGUGGUAAAAGCAGAAAGAAAGCGGGAGUAUAAAAUACAGGUCACAUGGCAAAACAACAUGAAAACAGAGGUGCUUAAAACCUAUCAGGAUUUUAAGGAAUUUCAUUCAAAGCUUGUGAAGCAGUUUCCAGAAGAAGCCGAUUUACCAAGACAGGAUAGGAAGCUGCCGUUUUUCUCAGGAAACCCAGGUACAAAUGUCACAAAAGAAGAUGAGCAGACCAUAGCUCAAUACACCAAACAUCUUCUGCAAAUGCCAAAGCCAAUUCUGGAUAGUGAACUUGUAGUCAAUUUCUUCAGAGGAGAGAAUAAUGCUAACAAGUCUUUAAAUGCAAAGUCAUCUACCCCAGUGAAUGCUACUACCGUCUCAAAAGAAGCUGACACUGUGAUAGGGUAUCCACCAGUCCAAGUUGUGAACAGCCCCAACCCAGCUGAUGUAGAACCCCAGCCCAUGCAAUCUUUGGCUCCCUUUCCAGCCAGUUGUAUUGUAACUCAAAGACUUCCUCCUUUCGUGUCUCCCAGUCAUUCCCCUCAGUCUGUCAACUUAAUGUCUCCCAGCAGCCGCUCAAACACCCCGGAGGAACAAGAAGGCACCAAUCAGAUCAAACAGGCCAAUGUCAAUCAGAACUGUAUAGAGAAAGCCCCACCCAUAAAACAUUCGAGCAUGGAUGAAAAUGGUUCUUUGGCUCUAACUCAAGAACAGGCAGCUAAUGUGCGGUUAGGACUUGCAUUAAAAAGAGACAAACAUAGCAACGGUUUGAUAGACAGUUAUCAGCAGAUACCACAGAUCUGGAAUCCACAAAUGAUACAGCCACCAUUCCAAACAAUGCCCCACCCCCCAGUGCAAGUAUUACAACCCCACCUACCAGCCAGCCAGACCUCGACGCGAGACAGCUCUCCCUCGGGCUCCGACUACUCUAGCCCGCUGCAGAGUCCUUCACUCAGAAAGAAAACUGUGAUCGCUAAAGAGACGGACAGUUCCUCAGAGGAAAACGAGAAAGAAAAGACCCACCAGAAUGGUUCACCACAUUUACGUCGACUUCACAAGACAAUGUCAGGGGAUGGAUAUUGUCAGGAAGGGUAUGAAGUAGGAGGCCUGGUCGCUUUGCCAGGAGGAUAUCAGUCCGACCCUUCCACGGGAUAUUACCCUGUGAUAAACCCCCAACGCCCAUUAAAGGCACAACCAGCACACACAAGCAAAGCAAUCCCACCCAACAGCAUCAUUAAUAUGCCUGGAGACAGUCUUGGUUAUGGAAAAAGGACCCAAGUUGCUAGCAUCCCAAUAGGAAUGGCUCCAUCGAUUCCACGGUCCGAUGCUUCCACAAUGACCUCUUCAUCUAAUGUGACCUCAGUGACCACCCAUUUGGACAACAGCGGGAAAUCCCGCAUCCAGUAUCCGUACGCAAUACGUCCCGUGAGUGGACACCGGACGUUUGUGUGCUCAGUGACUAAUUCCACCUCUGUGACCAUGUCAAAUAGCAACAGCAUCACUUCCUCACCCUCCGUCAACGGCUUAAAGCCCCAGAUGACUCACUCUCUUUCUGAGACCUCCAUCUCCAACGUCCACUCUCAGGAGCAGGCCCCGCAUCCCUCAAUGGGUCAGCCACAGACCAUCCCCACCUCCACCCCCAAUAUGCAGCACCUGUCAUCACCGGCACACUCGACAUGCUCGAGUUGUGGAUGUACAGGGAACUCAGGAACUUCUGCAUCAUAUCCCUUACACUUCAUACCUAGUCAGAUGUUUCAUAGCCAGCAAUUAUUUCCAUGGACAACCGCUAUGACACAUUCGACCAAUGGACUUAUUCACCAUCCGUUCAUACCCCCAUAUCACUAUCAGCCCUUCCAAAACUUGAAUGGUGUAGCUCAUCAGGAGUACCUGUUGAACAAUCAUCAUCAUAACUUUGUUCACACUCAUGGUAUUCCUCUAGCAGGCCCCACUGGAAAUGCUCCAGGACCAAUCAUGAACCAGGGCCUGCAGAGAAGUAAUAGUAUUAAGGAACACAAGGAAAAACCAAGGGUAGUCUCCUGCUACAAUUGUGGAUCUCAUGAUCAUUUAGGCCAUGACUGUAGUGAAAACUCAAUGGAAUCUAUUCUAGGUCAUUAUCACUUGAACUAUGAACCGAAAGAGUGACGAGCAAUGAUAUAUUAAAGCAAAAAUAUAACUCAUGUUUACAACGGGAGUGUCCAUAGUGCAGCCUCUUAAAGGGCAGUGGAGUGUGGCAGUGUUGUUCCGCUUCACUGAACUUGCCAGUCAUUUCUCUGAUGUUUAGGAUGGCACGAACUGUCUCUUGUACAACAUACCAGAGAGGAUAGAUACAAAUAACCACCCAUUGCUCUUCUAUAAAAAGAAAAAAAAACAGAGCAUAGCAGACCUUCUGCAUCUUGGAGAUAGUGGAAGCAGCUGUUGGUGAAAGAAUGGCAGAUGGACAGCUAGACACAGGUGGCAAUGCCAUCUGAUCUUUGACGUUGUGGUUCAUUUUUUUUUUUUUUUUUUUUUGACACGACUUAUGUCAUUAAACUAAAAAUUAUAUCUGUGCCCUUGAUGAAUAUAUUAUUUUUAAUGGAAAUACUUUUGUACAUUAUAGGUCAAAUGUUUUCCCCAACAGACAAUACUUGUAUCAGUGUUGGGUUGUAGAGUCUUUUAAAUAUGUUUAACUCAUUUACUACCAUUGUCUUAAUUCAGUUACAAGACCCUUUUAUGUGGCCCCCCCUCCCAAAAAUCAAUGAUUGGUUCAUGGUAUGCAUUUUUGUCCCAUUAUCUACACUUGGAUAUUUUUAACUUGAAUACCAUAUUGCAUAGUCAUUUCUUAUCGCUUGGCUUUAAGGUCAAAAUAAAGUUUAGGUUCUUGGUCAUUUUUAGAAUUCAAGGUCAAAGGAUCUUAAUAGUUAGUAACAGUGACGAGCCAUGUGGCCAAGCUGAGGGAGGUAUUGGCUCUACCUGCUAAUUACAAAACCAAACCUAGAUUGAAGUUUAAAUUUCUUUUUAUUGAGGGACCUUGCAAUGAAAUGUAUAUUAUUUGGGAUAGGUCAAUGAAUUACACAAUAUUUCAAUGAUAUUUUUUUCAUACGUCAUGAUAUAUUAAAAAAUGGCUGUUGUAUGGUAAUUCAGAAAAAUGUGGUAAAUUUAAGGAAAAGGUAUUGUAUGGAUUUAGACACAAUUUUUUUUUUUUUUUUAUAAAAUAAGAGUUCAUUGAUAUCAUUUAUGCAGCUAUUUGUAUUCGAAAUUUCUCUUGUGUGAUCUCAAGGAAGUGGUUCUCAUCAGAAAAUUUCAUCCCAGCUGUCCACCAUCUCCAGAUAGAAUCAUGUGCUGAUAGAUUCAUGGACUUGCACACCACUUGGAGACUGGUAUAUGUUAAGAUGCAUGAAGUAUCUAUUUUUGAUAUCUUGUAAAAUACACAUUGAUAGAGAGAGAGGACAUAAGAACUUGCUCGAGUUUCUCAAAAUGCAUACAUUUUCUGUAAAUAAUUUUAUGUCAUGUUGAUUCAUAUAAACCAUUGUAUUAAACGGGAUUUUUUUUUUAAAUUCAAUAUUGUAUAAGCAUUGAGAUUUUCUACAUGAUUAUAACAUGUUUGUACCAUAUAAGAUUUGAUAGUCAUGCUUACUUUAUUGUGCUUCUGAAUGCAUUUACAUAUGAUUUUUAUGUUGGUGUUGAUUUUGUACGAUUUGGAAGUUAUUUCUGAAUUUUCAUUCUGACUAAAUGAUUUUUUUUAAUUUUUUGCUCAAUAUUUGAUCAUUACAUUGAACCAGGGCUAUAUAAACAUUACUCAUUUUUUGGGAUUCUGUUAAUAAUGGUAGGUAGUAGAACUUUCCAAAAGUAAAAUCACAGUAGACUGUAAUAUGUAAAAUUAAUAGCUGUAUUUUUCUUGCAAAACUUUAAUUUUAUAUAAAUUUUAUCCAUAUAAAUACAAUGUAUAUAUUUAAGAAAAAAAAACCCAAACAUCUACCGGUAUAUGAAUUCAAGAUCAGGGUAAAUAAUGAAAUAUACUGUAAACCAAUUUUUAUUCGUGGCGACUUUAUUUCGCAAUCAACUGUCAAUAAACUGGUUCGCGACCAAGCCUUAUCUAAACCUGUAUUGUUAUAAAAACUAUAGACAAAGGAUUGGUUCACAGCGAGAAAUAUUCGUGACGACAAGGCUCUCGCUAACCACGCAAAAAAUUUCUCGCAUGCGAAUAAAAGUUGGUUUACAGUAUCUGUAGAACAAAAUAUAAGUGAAGGGAAGUGCAAACUGCUUUGAAAGCUUUGCCCAAUAUUUUUGUCUACUGUAAGAAUUUUAAGAAAGGUUUAAUUAACAUUUAUUUGACAAAUGUGAAUUUUUGUUUGUAGUUUGACCUAAUUUUUGUUGGUAAGAGAGUAUAGAACAACUUAAAUACAGUUUGAAUGGAUGUGUGUGUGUAUGUAUGUGUGUGUUUGCAUUUGUUUGUUGUUAUGAUUACCACUUGUUUUACUUGUGAUAUGUUGCCAUGGGUUACAUGUUAUUUAUGGUGCUGUUCAGAUUUGCACAAACUUUGUUACUUGAGCUGUGCCUGAUUGGGAAGAAAGAAACGGAGCAAUGACACCCUCUAAUUCUUACCUCGGGCAAGUGUUGGCCUUUCGAAAGGCACGUGUACUUUUUGAGUUUUAGGGGCUGCAAGUCAGGUGGCAUUUUACGUUGUCCUUAUUUAUUGUACAAUAUUUUAUUUUGAUCUUGUGAUCUCAUUUUAUAGGCCAUCUUGUUUCAUUAUUUGCAUGAAUGAUGCUCUUUUUUUCUGUCACUAUAGUACAUUUUAAUUAUUCCAUGUUUAAAGAUUUAAAAAAUUAACUUGCGUUAACAAUGAAAAGACGGCAGAUACCCUCACAGUAGAAAUGUGCGAGAAAGACAUGAGAUCCUGUGUUACCUGUUUUGCUGCUAUAGGUAGAAUUGUGUAAUGCUAUUAUUAUAGUGCUAUGUGUUUCAUUGAAGAAAUGGCAGACUACAUCUCCCUGCUGUCGAUUGGAACAUCAUCCGAGUGCAUAGAGUUCGAAUUAAUUCUGCAGCACAUCAUCUUUAUGUUUUAUUGCUUAUAUUUAUCAUUGUUUUAUAAUGCCAAACAGAAGUGUUUUACACCUUAGGUUGAGCCAACAAACAAGGGGUUGUGUAAAUAUUCAUUUUGACGAAAGUAUCACUCGGAUUGUGUUAUGUAAUGGUGCAAAUAAUUCCUUGAUUCAUCAGUGAACCAUUUAUACAUGUAUUUAUAACUUGCAAGGUUACUUCAUAUUUGGUGUCAAAGAAUUUUGAGAAAGUCAUUUUUAUGCUCUAAAAAUAUUUUCAUGCAUUGUUAUUUUCUUGCUAAUCUUUAUUUUUAAAUUUGGAGCAAGUUCUGCCAGAUAAGUCUUAUUUUUUUUUUUGCAGAGUUAGCCUUUACUUGUGAAUUAAUACUUGUGCCAUUUCAAUACCUAAGCAGUUUAAUGAAUAUGUAAACUAUAUGGUUAGUAAAAAAAAUAGAAUUUUGUAUUAAGACAAAAUUUGAAAUGAAUUAUGUGUCCAUUUGAUUAAGAAAUGUGGAGUCCCAUUGCCCUAUUAUAGAUUGAGAAUGUAUAUGUAUUUAAAUAUGUAAUGGGAAUGGGUUUACGUCUGUUGUACAUGUAUAACCAAAUUAUACGCAACUUUCAAGACACAUUACUUUCAGUGGAAAUGGAUAUAGUGCAGAAAAACAGCAGAACAUCAGCCCCAGCCCCCAAUUCCUAUUUCAUCUUUUUUAAUGUCAUUGUUACAUGCAGAUUUUUCUUUUAAUGCAUUCAUGUUAAUAUUAAAUACUGAUGAAAAAAAAAAUAGGAAAAAAUGAAUAUGUUAAUAAAAAUCAUUAAAAUUGGA